ACGUGACGCUGUUGUCCAUCCUCACAGAUUUGAGGAAACCGGCGAAUUUCCUCUCUGGCUCCAGGAAACAACCAGAAACCUCCAUCAGUCCAGUCGACUCUCCUGGGAUCUUCACAGAUGGAUAAAUUAAAGUCGGUGUUAAGCGGCGAGGAGGCGCGCAGGGAUGACCGAACCGUUUUAGAGACUGUCAACGAGGCGUCCACUUUGGGCUGGGGCACGCGUGUGAAGGGAUUCAUCGGCUGCUUCGUGGUGGGGGGCGCGUGCACAGUUUUGGGGGUGUGCAUGCUCUUCAUCCCCAGGAUUGGGCUCACUCUCUUCAUCGUGUUUUACACUUUUGGAAACAUAUGUGCUCUGUGCAGCACCAUGUUUCUGAUGGGGCCGGUGAAGCAGCUGAAAAGGAUGUGUGACAAAACGAGAGCGCUGGCCACCACAAUUAUGAUUACGUGCCUCGUGUUGACUCUCUGCGCAGCCUUCUGGUGGAAGAACUUUGGACUCGCUUUGUUAUUCUGCAUCUUGCAAGUCUUGUCGUUUUCCUGGUACAGUCUGUCGUACAUCCCGUUCGUGAGGGAGGCAAUAUUGAGGAUGGUGGCAAUCUGCUUGAAGUAAGGGCCCAGACUUGGUGUGGUGGCUUCCCGGCUGGAUGAAGUGUUUUUUAGGAAGGGGCAGGUCUCUGACUGAAGUGACUGAAACAGCCUCCUCAUGGUUCUGCUUCAGAGAGUCUGUGACUCUACCUGUGGCACGCUCAAACAUGUUUUAUCUCCAGAGAUGCUUCUUUUUCUGCUCUGUGCUUCAUUCAAUUAACUGAUUGAUUGUUGGUAUGUAUUUAUUACUUAUACCAAUUUUAAAGAGCAUGGGCUUGGUUUGUAAUAUGUGUAAAUAUUUAUAAUAAAUUAACGUGUUAUUGGUUUCA